AAGGCAAUCAGAUGUUAGAUAACGCAGAGUCUCCAGACCACCCAAACAGAACAUCAGGGUUGAUGGCCCACCAUCAAUUACAAAUGUCAUGCAGCCCACAUGCGCCUGUGGCAACAUAUCAGUUAUAAUGAAGGUUAGCUAGAAAGGAGCCAAACCAAGCGGGGACUUUUUUUUUUUUUUUUUAAUCCCAAAUGUGUGAACAGUUUCAGACCACGAAGGGACGGAUCUUUCGAGUCACUCUCCCACUGACCUCUCGGAGCAAUACAGUGGGCUUCAGGCACUGGACGUUAUCUGACAACAUGUGAAAGUCAGAGAAAAGCUUGUCGUGUACAUGAAGCAACCUUGGCGACAUGGUCCUCGGAAGAGGAAGGUGAUGUGUGUUUAUCUACGUGGAGAUAGCAAAGCGGCCUUGCGGGCACAUCGUGUAUAUAUACACAGGCCCGCUCAGACAUCCACAGCCAGAAUUCAAAGUCAACGCGACAGCACUGACAUCCAAACUGUUUCUUAAUACCGCGAUCAAGUUUUUGUUCUCUUGAAGCAAAGUAUUCCUGUCAAAACAAAAUGCUGCCGGCAACUUUCAAACUGUGUGCUGGCAUCUCCUACCGCCAUAUGAGGAACAUGAGAGGUUUAAGAAAGAAUGCAAUUGUGGCUAUUCACCAUGAGCUGGACCGACUUGCAGGUCCGGGCCCCAGUAACUGGAUCAGCCAAGUCCGGAGACGAAGUUCCCUCCUCGGUGAGUUAUUCAUGUUUAUCACUCGAGUGCAAACCUAGGAGAAACUUAAUAUACUGUAUUUGGGUUGAGAGGCUCCACAGGUAAGUUUCUGAGGUCAAAAGAUUCAAAAUGUUACCCUCAAAUUUGAAAUAUUUUCCCCACCUGUUCGCUGGAAGGUUCUCCAAUUAGGGAGGAGAAUGGAUACAGUG